CCCCCGCCCUGCAAGUUCCUGCCUUGGUUUUCCUUCCAGGUUUCGCGGUUUCAGCCCGGGAAUCCCACGACUACUUCACACACCCGUCGACAGAGUCGCUAGUUGGCAUAUAUACCCUCAAAAUAUGAACGCCUUCAGGAAGCUCUUGAAGAUCUCAGGGCUAGCCCCCCUCGAUAGCGACGACGAAGAGGACCAGAAAACCGAGGCUGUCGAAAACCUGGUGGGGUGGAAGCCAGACCACGAUGACCUCGCAGACUAUCAGAGUGACAGCGAAAGGGAGGGAGAGGGCAAGCGACGGUUGAGAGGUAAGGAGGCGAGCUUUGGGGUGCCAUAUGUAGCGCACGAAGUAGAGCAACCCGAAGUGAUAAGGCGAGACUAUCUUGAGGAAUCGAAAUCGACCCAGAUGACAGUCACUUCGGCUGCCCGGACUCCGAGUGUUUUGGGAGUACGCACGGCCACAGGAACGCCGAGUGUCUUGGGCAUAGAGGAUCGAAUUGAGCUUCAUCGAGCCGCUACGGUACAACGUCAUCAGGAGCCACAAAUCGCGAAACCGGUAUGGCUUGCACCCUAUGCCUCUUCUCCGCCAAGGGCGGUACACGAUCCCUUUGGCCGAGAGUUCAAUGUCAGCGUCUCGCAGAUACCGUCGGACCAUGCAGUCGCUUCGCACAGUCCGCCGACGCCAGUGGCUCGGUCAAAGCCUUACGUGAGUCCUUCCCACCCGACCACGGGCUAUGCACACCGGAGAUCCUCGCCCUCGCCAAGUCCCGACAGUGCAUCCGACUCGUUUAUGGCGCGCCCGCGCGAUGUUCGUGCAGUGCUUCAGAGACCCCAGCCAGAGCCGAUCCUUGUCGAAGACUUCGAAGAUGAUAGAGUGAAGUCGGGUGCGCGGAUCCUUCCUACGUCUUAUGAGCCGGCCCACGACCGACAAAAGGUCUCUGCGUCCGCAAGGGGGGCUCCGACGACAGUCUCGCCCAGGAGAACCCAUGGCAAUGAACGCUACGCAAGGCCGUCCACUCCACUGUAUCCAGCGAAGGAGGAACCGGCGUCGCCCACGGCCCAGGCGCGACUUUCACGGUACCUGCAGGAUAAAGAAAUGGAGUCACAAAUCAGCCAGGCAACCGCCCGGAGCUAUCGGCAGGAUGAACUAGACUCACUGAUCAACCAGGCCUCACCUCCGCGCUAUCAACAGGAAGAACCACGGCGACGAGACAGCCUAGCGAUGAGUUCCAGCUAUCGACAGGACGAAUCACGUCGACGAGAGAGUGAUGCUAUGAGCUCCAGCUAUCGACAGCACGAAGUCAGGGAGUACGCUCCGCGCGUCCAGCGCAACGACGAAUACGACGCGACUAACAGCAGGGCGCCGAUUCCGCGCUACGACCUGACUGAAGAGCGGAGCUCGCCAAACAGCAGGGCACCGGCUCCGCGUUCUCAACUGGAUGAACAUGAGCCUUUGCCAGGCGACAAAGUUCCCGUUUCGCGCCUCCGGCAGAAUGAAGAGCGGAGCUCGCGCAACAGCAACGUAGGUCCGCGGCCCCGACAUGGUGAAGCAGGGCCUUACCGGCGGAGUGAUGGAAGGAAGACGCCAGGCAGCAAGGUAUCACCGCGGCGCCAACCGGGCAAACAAGAGCGCUCCCAGUGGAAUGGAGGACGGAGCACGCCAAACCGCAAAGGGCCCGCUCCGCGCCCUCGACCGGAUGAACAAGAUCGGUCUCCGCGGACCGAAGGACGGGGCACACCUAACAGCAAAGCACAAAACCCGCGCCCUCAGCGGGUUGAACAAGAGCGCUUGCCAGAGAGGAAAGCGUCGACUCCGCGCUCUCACAGAGAUGACGAUCUUCAUUUCAGUGAACCCGCGACUCCGAGGUUCGAUGCCGAUGAAGAAGUCCGCUCGUCAAACAGUAAGCCUCUGACGCCCAGCUCGCGUGAAGAACUACGGUCGACUCCCGUCUUCGUCAAAGGAUACGGGUCGUCGAACAGCAGGCCACCGACCCCGAGCUCUCGUCAGGACCUCCCGCCGACUGCGGUCUUCCAUAGAGAACACGCGUCGUCAAACAACAGGCCGCCUACCGCGUCUCUCCAGAGAAACGAAGAAGUGCGCACUUCGAACAGCAAGCCCCCGACUCCGGUUUUCGAUAGAGAUGCAGAAUUUCGAUCGCCCAACAGCAGGCCACCCUCCCCGGCUUUUCAGAGAAACGAAGAACUUCGCUUGGCAACAAACACCAAGCCUACAACUCCGAAUUACCGAAAAGAUGAUCAACUACGCGCGAACAGCGACCUAGCGACUCCGAAUACGCCUAGAAAUGAGCAUCCCGGCUCGCGAGCCAACAAAGUAGCUCCCCGUUUCCAGGAGCUGGAUGAAAAAAUGCGCUCGUUGAGUGACAUCGAGGCAGCUCCGAGCUACCGGAGAAACGAGGAUCUGCACCCUCCGGCAAACAGCAGGUCUUCGACUGUGAACCUCCAAAAUGAUGUUGAAUCGGGACCAAACAGCAAACUCUCCACACCAAGCUUGCCCAGAAACGAGGAUCUCCGUUCACAAGCAAUUGAGCUGGCUCCCAGCUUCCAGGAGGAUGAAGAAUUGCGCUUGUCACAUGGCAUCGAGGCAGCUCCGAGCUUCCAAGGGAACGCAGACUUGGAUCCACCGCCCGUUGAUCUGCCUGUGCGUUACCUCAAGGACAACGAGCUUCCCUCGUCAGCCCGCGAGCCGUCCACUCCACGCUUCCAAGAAAACAAAUACCCCCGCCCACCACCACCGCCACCACCAGGUCCACCACCACCAUUAAGCCUCGAACAGGCUGCACGCUCUAUGAGAAACAGAUUCGUGAGGAACGAGGAGCAGCGUUCGCCGAGCAGCAAGAUUUCGACCCCGAGCAUUCAGAGAAACGAAGAUCUACGUUCGUCAGCCAGCAAGCCUUCCACCCCGCUCUUACAGGGAAACAAAAAUUCGCGCCCACUACCACCACCACCACCAAGUCCACCACCACCACACGUUGCGCGCGCUAUGGGAAACGAGUUCGUGAGGAACGAGGAGCAUCGCUCGCCUAAUAGCAAGAUAUCAACGCCGAGCAUCCAGAGAAACGAAGAUGUGACUUCAUCAGCUAGCAAACUGGUUGCGCGCUUAAGCAAGGUGCCGACUCCGAGCCCCCAAAGUGAUCACGAGCCGCGUCCGUCAAAGAGCAAAACGUCGACUGGCUCUCAGAGACAUGAAGAGCAGCACUCACUAAACAGAAGGCCGGAAGCUAUGAGCUACCGGAUUAACCAUGUUGCUCUAAGCUCGCCAAGCCUGAAGGCGCCAGCUCCGCGCUCCCAGAGAAAUGAGGAUCAGCCCUCGUCCACAAGUGAGACGCCGGUGUUCCUUUCCAAGGAAGCGGUUCCUUUCUGGACCAACCGACAGGGCAAUGGUCAUCACAAUGUUCGCCAAGAGGUCCGAUCGCCAACGAAACCCUAUGAUGAGCCGUCCCGGUCGAAAGGGAAAGGCAAGGCGCCUGCUUAUCUAUUGGAUGAAGAAAGUCCAUCAGGCAGCAGGUCCUCUAGUCGAGGUGCACAGAGUCGUUUUCGAGCUGAGGUUGGAUCUUCGCGGCCGCCAUCGCCUGGCUUGGAGCCGAAUCUGCAACGCACGGCAAGGAAGCCUGCGGCGUUCGUCGACAAUCAGUCACAGGGCUACAAUAGAGCCGGGAGCAUCAACGGGCCCGCAUCGAACAGGCAACCUCGACUCGACCAGGAGGAGGCGUUUGCUCGCACGCAAACCGAAAAGUCUCUGUACAGCCAAGUGGUCAACCGUCCGUACCCCAACUGGAAGCAUCCCGCCGCGCUUCCGAACAAACGUACGCGGUCGGGUGAUGAUUACCAACAUGGCGGGAAUCGACGGGUUCGUUUGAAUUUCGAUGGGCGAGAGGUUGUCACGUUGGAAGACCUCGUCGCAUCGGCAGCUGAAUCGGACAGGAUUCCAUCCACUAUUGAAGACUUUGCCAUCGACGGGAAGCGGUAUCAGGUUCUCGACAAUCCACUCUGGCAUCAACGUAGUCGUAAUGAAAGGAAUGAACGAGGAGCGAGUCGGCGAAAUCGCUGAGAUCCCCAAGACAUGAUGUAAAUAAUGAGAACACUCUCACCUGUUGCGUGUGGAAGAACAAGGAAAUGUGAAUAGCUUUGAAUGAGGAAAGGGAUGCAAGAAUCACCUUUUUUGUCGCCGUCAGAUUUUGUUUCGCCCGGAAUCUUUUCUACAUUACUGUCGCCUCUUAUCAAAAAUAAUACACUGGUACACCGCCCGAAUUAGACACCAUGAAACAAUUUGCACUGUGCUUCAGAUCCCGAGUGAUGAACGGUAUGCUAUUGAGCGAUCGAAUAAUGAUAUACGGCUAGGUACAAA